AUGCCCUCCUACGAGCUCACACCCCAGGCCUUCACGGCCCCCACGGACGCCAUCCCCUACAUGACCGUCACGUUCCGCGUGCCGCAGUCCAGCGCCCGCCGGGACCGGGACGACCCCAUCUUCCCCGCCUCGGGCCUCCAGCUCUCCCUCGAGAACAACCGCCGCGAGGCCUUCCUGGAGGAGCGCCUCACGGCCCGCGACCUCGGCGCCAGCGGCGGCGUCUGCGUCGCGCGCGUCCCCGCCGGCGAGAUCCCGCAGUUCCGCGGGCCCGAGUGGGCGGACCAGACGGUCGUGGUCAAGAUGCACGCGUGGAAGGGCGAGAAGUGGCUUGGAAGCUGGGAGGUGGGAAGGAUGGAGGCGCCGUUGGGGCGCUAA